AUGGAUGAUGAAGAAGAAUAUGUUAUUGGGGUGGCUAAUGAUUGGGAAAUGGGUAGAAUGGUAGAGCAAAUACAACUUGAUAAAUCUGGUGCCUUUUUGGGCAUAAAGGAGGUAUGGGUUCCAGAAGGAAAAGAAGAGUAUCACAUGGAUCCUCAUGGAUGGCCAUCAUUGUGUGCUCAUUUUUAUGGGAAAGCCAGCCUGGAUGAACUUCUAUUAAUAGAUAAAAGGGGGUGGUUAUCCUGGAAAGAUUCAUAUGCGAUUAAACUUGAUGAGUAUCAAGACGAGCCAUAUAAUCUUGAGCUAGAAGGCCUGCCCUAUACAUUACGUUUUCAGUUCAUGUCAUGUCCACGUCAAAAAUUAUAUGGUCCAGGAAUUCAUGAAGAUGGAACUGUAUGGUGGCAUAGUGAUGAAUUAGUCGGAGUUAGCUAUAAAAUGGCAUCAGAAGCUUGCCGUCUUCUUUAUCAUUCUACAGAGUAUACACUUUUUACUAGACUCUACACAUCUGAAGGUAUAGUCGAAGAAAUGGGAGAUAAAGGAUGGCAUUUCGUUCCGAGACCACAAGGACCACCAGGACCAUUUUAUGAUGGCGACUUAAAUUGUAUCGUAGCAGAAUUACAACGACUAAUAGAGCAUGGAGGAACAAAGCGGGCCAUAGGGCUAACGCCAGCUCGUGAAAGUGCCCUUGCGAAAUUUAAUGAAAAGGUACGAGCACCCGGCUGUACUUUAGAUGAUUUGCAUAUCCUUGAAAAGCCGGAAAAAUCUGGAGGAGGUAUACCUGAAAUGCCUCGAGUAUCUUCAGUCUAUGAUAUGGACUAUGAAUGUGAAAGAGCACUUGUUUCCGCAUGCACGAAAACUAAGAAGGGGGAGGUUAAUAUCGAUGAAAAAAAGAUUGCUGAAGCUCUUAUAUCAUUUGUCGCAAGAAACCUUCCAAGAGCUACAAGAAUAUGGAUUGUAGGUGGAAUCAAUGGUAUGGAAUGCACCAAUAGAUCCUCCCCCAAGCAUAUUCAUAUAGAUCUUCGUGGAGCGUAUCUUGGCUGUGAAGAUUCAGAACGAAGUGCAUCAGAAGCAUUGCCUUGGGUCCGACGAUAUGGAUUCCCAGAAAGGAUACAGCGACGUGCUCAAGUUGACAAUAUAGAUACUAUUCGCAACUUGACAGGUAUUGUUCAGCUUAUAGCAUGGGAAUUCGCUCUAAACUUGCAUCCAUUUACAGCAGGACUUAUUGGGCAACAUCUUGCAGAAAAAGAAGGUUGGAUACCAACGCCCUUAGUCGAUUAUUUGCUAAGCAGAGGAUGGCUUUCAAGCGCAACUCCAAGAGAAGUUAUAUAUAGCGUAGAGCAAGGAACUUUAAUCAAGUAUGAAGGUGAUGAAAAGCGUGGGCAAUGGUUGCAUAUCCGUUCUUUUGUCCUUGCCUAUACCCAUAUUGCUGUACUCGAACAGCUAAAACGUUUUCCGAUAGAAAAUGUACUACGAGUAUGUACAGAUGCCAUUUACACCACAGCAAUUUCCGAAACUAUUUUAGAUGAAACUGUUGUUGAGAUGGGGCAAAAAUUACUCCCCGAUUUUGAUGAAAGCCUCUUUGCUAAAGCGAAAAAUAGUGCAGAGUUAGAAGAAGUGCAUGCGAAAUAUGAGGCUGAACUAGAUAAAAUAAGAAAGCAGUAUGAAUCAGCUAUUGUUCUAGAAACACCAGAAAUUAAGUAUGGUCAAUGGCGCAAGAAAAAAGAGGGAUAUACUUAUCGUAAAGAAGCAUCAUCCUGGGCUAUCAAUUAUAAAGGUACACUAGAAAUCCCUCCAAGCGACGCACCCCCUCUUUCUAUUGAUUCGAAACUAAUAACAUUGCAAAAAGUUUAUCUAGUUGGCCAAGGCGGUAGCGAGAAAACAACACGAGCCAUUCGUGCAUUCCCUGGUCGAAAGGUUGUAGUUCUCACACCAGCAAAUUUGCUUGCAGAAUACCAUAGAAAGCAAAAUCCAGGCUUAACGGCUAUGACAUACCAUAAGUAUUUUCAUCUAGGGGCAACACCUAUCGAUGAGUGGGAUCCUGCAUGUCUUGGAAAAAAAGCUCUAGCCGAAAUACUUAUCUUUGAUGAGGCAUGCAUGAUUCCUAAGAAGGUAUUGCAGAGAUUAUUGUCAUAUGCCGAAAGUCGUGGAUGCCAAAGUAUUAUGUGUGGAGAUCCAGGUCAACUUACACCAUGGGGUGAUAAAGAAGGUCCGCAUAAAUUUCUUACCGAGUGGGCUGAUGAAGUAAUCUGGUGCAUGGACGAUUAUCGUGCUUAUGAUCCCGAACUUAAGGCAUUAAAAUUACGCAUGUGGAUGAAAGAUGAUAUGACCCAAUUGCAAGAAUUCCGUGAGGCUUUACCUACAACAUCAUGGAAGAAUGCACUUACUGAGUGGACUCCAGAAGAUAUUUGGAUUUGCUCCACAAAUGAUAUGGGUAUGCGAGUUGAAAGUGCAUUAAUACAGGCUCAUAAGUCACGCUUCCUCAAUGUACCCUCAAUUAUCCGUUUUGACCCAGAUGAAAGUAUCAAGCAUAUGUAUCGUAUCCAAGGGAAACCUGUGCAGAUCCCGGGUAGCAAUGAAAUUAUCGAAGCAUAUGUUGGUACGAUGAUAAAUGUACCACUUGAGAUAGUACUGCGUGGACUUCCUGCUGAGUGGAAAUAUGCCGGCUGGGGAACAAUUCAUCGAAUCCAAGGACAGACUGUCGAGCCUCCGAAACGUUGUUUCAUUGUGGACCAUAGCCUGGAAGGCUGGAUUAACAAUGCCGUAUAUACAGCCUGCAGUCGAGUACGAUACAUGAAUCAAAUGAUUCGAGUUAAACCACCAGACGGUGUCCUUGAAUAUAUCGAACCUACUGAACUCCAAGCAACUCCUUGUCCCCAAAUUAUUGAGGCAAAAUUAAGACGCCAUAGGCUAGAUGAUCGGAAAAAGAAGCGACAUUUUCCAAGACCGCUUAUGAUAGCUGAGGAUUGGGAGGUAGAUGAUAAGACUGAUUUGAUUGAGGACACUACGGUAUGUGAGAAUCCGCUCUAUCUAGCAGAGAAUGAUGAGGAGAAAGCUAUUCCAUCAAUCACGCCAGAAGAGAUAAUUUCUAUGGCAUAUCAGCAAAAGAAAGUUUGUAAGGUAUGUUAUGUUCCACUCUUAUUCCAAGGCUAUCCGAAGCGCCAUCCGCAAUCAUUUUCGAUUGAUCGGAUAGACGAUUCUGAGGGUCAUUAUCUUCAGAAUGUAAGACUUACCUGUCUCUGGUGCAAUGAAAGACACCGCCGUUAA